CAUGGAAACAAACACGAAGACGUGAGCGUGUUCUGGGAUACUGCACGCUAUAAAUUGUAUAAGCCUAAACAUCAGUGCGUGCCAGUGAUCCCAUUUAUCAAUUGGUGCACAGUCAACUAAGAUAGUCAAUACGUUUGCUCUUUUUUUUGCGUUGCACUGGUGUUCGUGUAGGUAGAUAGUUAGCUACCUUACGGACCAUGGCGGAGAGAAGUGGCCGGCUAAGCUUCCCCGGGAGCGGGGCGCUCAACAGACCCGUGCCGAUGAAUCUGUUUGCCACUUGGGAAAUAGAUGGAUCGUCUCCGAGCUGCAUUCCUAGGUUGUGCAGUCUGACCCUGAAGAAGCUGGUGGUGAUGAGGGAACUGGACAAGGAGCUCAUCUCUGUGGUCAUAGCUGUGAAGAUCCAGGGCUCAAAGAGGAUCCUCAGGUCCCAUGAGAUAGUGCUGCCACCCAGUGGAGUGGUGGAGACAGACCUGGCUCUCACCUUCUCUCUCCAGUACCCCCACUUUCUGAAGCGCGAGGGAAACAAGCUACAGAUCAUGUUGCAGAGGCGGAAGAGAUACAAGAAUCGAACCAUCCUGGGCUACAAGACUCUGGCCGCAGGGUCAAUCGACAUGGCUGAGGUAAUGCAGCACCCCACUGAGGGGGGACAGGUGCUCCCACUCUGCAGUAACCAGAAGGACAUGCUGGGAAAGGUGGCAGAGAUCUGGAUCUUCUCUCUAUCCAGCCAGCCUAUUGACCAUGAGGAGGCAGCACUGCAGGGGGGGCAAAAGAUCAAGUGCACAGAUAACUACUCGGAGGAAGAAUACGAGAGCUUCUCCUCAGAGCAGGAGGCUAGCGAUGAUGCCGUACAGGGACAGGAUCUGGAAGAUGAUGAGUAUGAUGUGAGGAAGCCUAAGAAGCAGAGGAGGUCCAUAGUGAGGACGGCAUCCAUAACCAGGCAGCAGAACUUUAAGCAGCGGGUGGUGGCCCUGUUGAAGAGGUUCAGAGUUUCAGAUGAGGUGCUGGACUCGGAGCAGGACCCGGCCGAGCCUCCCCCUGAGGUGGAGGAGGACCUGGACCUAGAAAGCCUGGAUUUUGAGAACCCCAGCGACAGCGGACCGGAACUGGAUGAUGACGACAGCGUCCUCAGCACCCCAAAACCUAAGCUCAAGCCAUACUUCGAGGGCCUUUCCCUGUCCAGCUCUCAGACUGAGAUUGGCAGCAUCCACAGCAGCCGCAGUCAGCGUGAGCCACCCAGUCCAAUGGACCCUGACAAAGCCAAGAGCACUGGAGCAAAGUUCCAGGGGGACGACGCCGCAGAUAACACCUCUUAUGAACAGACAGAGGUCGUGACACCCACCACAGAGCUAGAGAUGGACAAUAUGGACACAUUCUUGGAGAAGCUGCCCCCUAGUGGCAAAAUGACCAAAACUGAGUCACUCAUCAUUACAUCCAAUAGACAAGAGCCCAAGAUAGCAGGACGGAGAGGCAGGAGCACUUCUCUCAAGGAGCGGCAACCCAGCAGGCCACAGAAUGAAAGGGCCAACAGCCUGGACAACGAGCGCUCCCUCGACACACGCUGCCACCUUCAGAUUCCAAGGAAGACGGUCUAUGACCAGCUGAACCACAUCCUCGUGUCAGAUGACCACCUUCCGGACAGCAUAAUCCUUAUCAACACAUCAGACUGGCAGGGGCAGUACCUGUCAGACGUGCUGCAGAACCAUCACCUCCCGGUCGUGUGCACCUGCACUACUGCAGACAUCCAGGCCGCGUUUAACACCAUCGUCUCUCGUAUCCAGAGAUUUUGUAACUGUAACUCCCAGACCCCCAUCCCCAUCAAGAUCGCAGUGGCUGGGGCGCAACACUACCUCAGUGCGGUACUUCGCCUCUUCGUCGACCACCUUUCCCAUAAAACCCCAGACUGGCUGGGCUACAUGCGCUUCUUGAUCAUCCCCCUGGGUUCCCACCCUGUCUCCAAGUAUCUGGGCACCAUCGACUACCGAUACAACAGCCUGUUCCAGGAUGCGGCCUGGAGGGAUCUCUUCCACAAGCCAGAGGCCCCUGUUGUGGUACAGGAGAGCCCAGAUGUGGUAUCCCGGGUGACGCAGUACAUGGUGGGGGCUAAUGGGGCGCAUCAGCUGCCUAUCGCUGAGGCCAUGCUCACUUACAAGCAAAAGAGGAAAAAGAGCUUUCAUUUUGAUUUUGCAAUCAGCCCAGACGAGGACUCCUGCCAAAAGUUCAUCCCUUUCAUUGGGGUGGUGAAAGUGGGAAUCGUGGAGCAGUCAUCUGCCACAUCAGGGGACUCUGAUGAUGCAGCUCCAAUAGGAAGUGGCCUUCUUUCCUCCACUCCUCCCCAGGUGUCCCCCGCCCUGAAAGAAGCGUCACCCACUCCUCCCUCUUCCCCUUCAGUCAACACCAGCUUCUGUGCUUAUAGCAGCAGUUCACCAGGGAGCAGCCAGGGGGAGCUGAUGGGCCUGCAGGUGGAUUACUGGGUGGCUCCACUGGAGCGGAAGAGAGACGUGGAGAAGCGGGACUCCUCUUCCAAGAACACGCUGAAGUGCACCUUCCGCUCUCUGCAGGUCAGCCGGUUGCCCCUGGCUGGCCCAGAGUACGGCCCCCAGCCAACCAUGUCCAUGACUGUGGUAACUAAGGAGAAGAACAAGAAAGUAAUGUUCCUGCCAAAGAAGACAAAAGACAAGGACGUGGAGUCAAAGAGCCAGGUGAUCGAGGGAAUCAGCCGGCUGAUCUGCACUGCCAAGCACCAGCAGACCAUGCUGAAGGUGCUAAUUGACGGCGUGGAGUGGAAUGAUGUCAAGUUUUUCCAGCUGGCUGCACAAUGGUCGUCCCAUGUCAAACACUUCCCCAUUGGCAUAUUUGGACACUCGAAAGGCCCAUACUAACACCUCCUGGGGGCCUCAUCUGCAACUGUGGACAGCCCCCCAUGUGCCAACAGCCUUCAGUCUCCCCCAGCCUACCUUCUUUGGUCCUCGUCCUGCUCUCUUAAUUUAAGACUCCGCUUUACCUGUUUCUGUUUAUUUCGUUUUUUUUUUAACAAAUUUUGUAAGACUGAAAGGAGGUAGAGCUGUCGAGGGGAGAUUUUUUGUUGUUCUGUUUUCCCCACUGUGCUUUUUAAACACUUCCCUGCUAACUUUUUAUAGACUUUUGAAAGAAAAAAGAAAAAAACAGAGCCUAAUGAAAUAAUCAUUUGAAAUGAUUAAAUUAACUCCUAACAAGCAAGUGCUCAGGCUUUUGGCUGCUCACUGUGUCAUCAUAAGGUGAAUUGUAAGUUUCAAGCACUUCACUUGUGCUGUUAACAAGAUAAAUCCUUUGUGUAGGAUCAUUUCAUAACCAAAUGGCUUUUUAGGUUGCACUGACUGCAGCACAAAUGAAAGGACAAAGGUUGUCUCUCUCCUGAGAGUUGAGACAUCUGGAAGAAUGGGUUGGUUUUCAGAUGGAAUGAUCUUGGUUCUCCUUUACCCCCAGUAUGCCCCCUUGUUUAGGAAAGCCUGUCAUCCCUGAUCAUAAAUGCUCCAUAAUUCUUCAGUGGACUUGCAUCUCAAUGGAGACUCACCGCAUUCAUCUAAAGGAGACUGAAUUGUGCAAUAAACUGUAAAUAAAAUGAACAUACUCCUUGUAACUGAACUGACAGGUGUUGUCCUGUACUGAUGUCCCUGCAAUAUCUCUCUGUCUCUGUAUCUGUUUGUCUGUAAGUGAUGCGAGUGAAGUGGGGUAAGGUGUUGGGUGGUGAGGGUUUGGGGGUUUUGAGUGUAGUGGUUGGUACGCUGGAUGUACCAUCUGUGAAGUGUUAGAAUAUAGCCAAAUCACAUGCACCGUUUAUGCAUUUUUCUCUCUCAUCAUCUUGUGUUUGAUAUGAGCUGGUCUAUUUUUCUUUGUCUCUGAUGUGCACAAACACUCCCCUGUUCCAUGCUAUGUUUUUCUGUUUCAGAUCAGUAUUGAUUUCAAUUGGCACUAAAGGCUGCAAGGGGAAUGUUGGAAUAGUAUUGUGCGGCUAUAAGGGGCCGUGCUCUCUAGCCCAUCUUUUCCUAAUGUAUCAGUAAACGUGCUUUAGAAAGGUACUUAAGAUAAAAAAAAAAAAAAAAAAUUGCUCAAUCCAUGUUUUAAAAUUCUGAUUUACUGAUUCCCUUAUUAACCUAUAUCCUUUACAUAUUGGACAACUGGAUUCCACUGUUUUGUUUUCACCAAAGCUGAAGAGUUACAAGGAGGAAGAAAGUCUCACUUUGCUGGAGUGGAUGGUACGAAGAACAAUGUCGUGCACCUGUGUAUUUGUAAGGCUUACGUGUUUAUCAGCCAUACCAUAUGAUAUUGAAGCCUGCACAUUGGGACUCCAUUCAUUUACUUGAUGUCAAGGCUUCUCUAGAUGCCAGUUGGGUAACUAUGAAAGUUCACUAAUAUAUAAAAUGGUUGACUAAAGCAACUUGCCCCAAGGUAUUUACCAGGUAAAAUACAAUCAUUUUACUUUGACUUAAACCCUAUCUCUGUGAUACAAGUAGGGCAUUAUUUGAAAUUAACUAGUGAGAACCCAGGUGCAUUUCAAAACAUCGCACACAAACAGCCUUGUCCAGUGUCGUAAUAAAAUGCGAAGAAUUCAAGGGGGGCUCCCCACACACUGCCUGGUUCAAAUAUGGGGCAAUGUGACAGGAAGUAUGGAUGGUUCUACCUCCAGUUUCCAUGUUUGUAAAUGUACCACUUUAGUAUUGUCAGUAUUUGCCUCUGGUGUGGUAUGUCUGAUCUGAAUGUAAGGGGAACAGUCUUUUAAAGAAUCUUUGUCAAGCUGAAUGUCAAAAAGGGGAAAAAUGUGCUUUGGAAUCUUGAGAAGACCCCAAAGACCUCUUCGUUUUGUUGGUGCCACUAUAGGGGGGUUUUCAGGGAUCCAGUCUUCAAAUCCCCCACCCCCCAGACAUCUGCAGAUCUUUGUAACCAGAGUACAACUGAAAAUGUACAUUUGUUCUGUUUUCCUGUGGGAUUGUGGGGUGUUGUUAUGGUUUCCCUGAGGAAAAAAUGUAAUUUGCAAAAUACUACCACUGUAAUCCCUUCAUUGGGAAUAAUAAAACUAG